AUGGCACGCUGCUACAGUCGCUGGCAUCAAGUGUUAUUCUGUGUGUGCAGUCCAUGUAUCUGCCUGAUCCUGCUGUUCCUUUAUGCGAGCAUCAUGGUGUGUAUCGACAUGAACAAGAUGACCAUUCAUUCUAUACAAUCUGACCAUUUUGUGGCUAGUGGGAGUUUUACAAAUAAAAGCUACACCUCUCUGCCUAAAACUUUCUGGAAGCUCCACGAAGAUGCUUUUUGGAACCAACUGCAGGUGGCUAUCGACCGCCAUUUCAACCCCAUCCUGAAUCCCCAAAACACAAAGACAGGUAUUAAGAACAAUGACUUCUACGAUUACCUUUUGAGGCUGAGCUUCUCUGAGGUGACUGACUUGGAGAGUAUGAGGAAGAAAUUGGAGCAGUUACCACAGCAGUUGCAAGACUUUGUAAGCAACAUGAAACGGAGAACCUACCCCGUCAUCCGCCAGCCUGCAAAUUCCACCUGCGGAGCUGGGGCGGCAGAUGAGCAGGAACCUCCGUUGCUUCUCCUUGCUAUUAAGACGACUGAGCUGAAUUUUAAACAACGUCACGCCAUCCGACGAACCUGGGGCCAAGUGGGCUGGGUGGCCACAAAGAAGAAGAACGGCAAUGGAAGACAGGAAGUGGGAGGGUACGUCCGCCGGGUUUUCCUGAUGGGCAAAGAGAAUCCAGAAGACUUGGGAGUGGAUGUAUCCAAGUUGUUGCAGAUAGAAGGUCAACAUUAUGGAGACAUCGUGCAGUGGGACUUUAGCGACACCUUUUUCAACCUCACCCUGAAGGACGUUCUCUUCUGGAGCUGGUACUUACGCAGCUGCAGCCAGAUUCGCUUUGUUUUUAAGGGGGAUGACGACGUCUUUGUCAACACACCAAGCAUGAUCGCCUAUCUUCACGAGCAGUUAGGGAUGCCCCAUGCAGAACAGACCAUGAAUGAGUUCAUGGUGGGACAUGUCAUCGGUGCAGCUUCCCCCAUUCGACUUAACCAUUCCAAGUACUUUGUCCCAGACUGCCUAUUUAAGGGGCUUUACCCCACGUACGCAGGCGGCGGAGGAGUGGUUUACUCAGGCCGGCUGGUCAAACGUCUGCAUGACAUGUCCAGAAGGGUUCACCUCUUCCCAAUUGAUGAUGUUUUCGUUGGGAUGUGUAUGUCUCGGCUCAACGCAGCACCCAUCCACCACCCUGCCUUCCUCACCUUUGACUUUUCUCAGAAGGAAGCGAUGGACCCAUGUGCGUACCAUAAGAUCUUACUUGUCCACAAACGCAGCCCAACGCAGCUGAUCGCACUGUGGGACGACAUGUCCAAGACAAAGAACCAGUGUUGGAACGUGUCACUCAGGGUUUCUGACAAUGAGACAACCAUAACCGAAACAACCAAAAUGAAGUUGAAUCAACCCAACAGAAUAUGA